AGGACACAGUGUCACAGCCUUGCUCAGACUCGUCACUCCUGUCUCCUCUCUCCCCCAAUUCCUCCACCGGCCUGUUCACUGCUGCUGAAUUCCCCGUCUUCCCACUUCGUCCUCUUCAUCUUCUUCCAGUCGAUCGAUCUACCCUACUUGGUUGGUUCCGCAUUCCCCAUAAAGCAAAGCAAGCCACCACCAUAGUCCAUAGCUGCUCCCGAGGAAUCGAGGAAAAAGGUGGCAGCAAGCAAGCGUACCACUCCUGCUCCACUGACCACUGCGCACAUUCGCGAAGCAGAUCGAGCAAAGAAUCGACCCAUUGAUGAAACCCGCCGUGAAGAAAGACGCCGGCGGCGUUGGGGGUGGCGCAUUCGGCAUCUCCUGCCUUGACAUCAAAUCCUUCGCCGCCUCCCUCGCGCUCCUCACCCUCAUCAUGGCGCUCUGGCAGCUCCACCCAUGCCAGCCCCUCCUCGCCAUCACCCGUUCCCCCUCCUGCCCAAUCCUCCCCCUCUCACAUACUACCAACGCCACCGCCGCCCUUCCAUCCUCCACCACCAAGCUACCCUCCUCAAAUUUCACCACCGACAGAGCCCCACCGACCGCCGCCGCCGCCAGGCCAGCCCCGCUACGGGACCCCAACAAGCGGGAGCUCCGGCCGUACGGGAGCGCAGCGGCGCUGUUCGUCCAGAUGGGGGCGUACCGGGGCGGGCCGCGCACGUUCGCCGUCGUCGGGCUAGCGUCCAAGCCGGCAUUCGUCUUCAACACCCCCUACUUCAAGUGCGAGUGGGUUCCCAACCCGGGCGCCGGAGAGCCCGUCCGGACCAAGGCGUACAAGAUGCUCCCCGACUGGGGCUACGGCCGCGUCUACACCGUCGUCGUCGUCAACUGCACGUUCCCCUCCAACCCCAACGCCGGCAACCGCGGCGGCAAGCUCCUCGUCCACGCCUACUACUCCACCAAAUCCCGCCGCUACGAGCGCUUCCUGGCGCUCGAGGAGGCGCCGGGGUCCUACGACGAGUCCCGCUUCCGCCCACCGUUCCCUUACGAGUACCUCUACUGCGGCUCCUCGCUGUACGGCAACCUCAGCGCCCCACGCCUGCGGGAGUGGCUCGCCUACCACGCGCGUUUCUUCGGCCCGAGGUCCCAUUUCGUUCUCCAUGACGCUGGCGGCGUCAGCCCGGAGGUCAGGGCGGUGCUGGAUCCGUGGGUCAGGGCCGGCCGCGUCACGGUGCAGGACAUCAGGGCGCAAGCAGAGUACGACGGCUACUACUACAACCAGUUCUUGGUGGUGAACGACUGCCUCCACCGGUACCGCCACGCCGCCAAUUGGACCUUCUUCUUUGACGUUGACGAGUAUAUGUACCUCCCCGACGGGCGGACCCUGGAGGAGGUGCUCGGCCAGCUCCAGCGGUACACGCAGUUCACCAUUGAGCAGAACCCCAUGUCCAGCAAACUGUGCCUGGAGGAUCCAGCCAAAGAAUACUCCAGGAAAUGGGGGUUUGAGAAACUUGUUUUCCGCAAUUCAAUCACUGGAGUAAGGCGUGAUCGCAAAUAUGCAGUCCAAGCUCGCAAUGCAUACUCCGCUGGUGUGCAUAUGUCACAAAAUGUGUAUGGGAGGACAACCCACAGAACCGAAAGUUUGAUCAGAUAUUACCACUAUCAUAACACCAUCAAUGUCAUGGGGGAACCUUGCCGGGAGUUUGUGUCAAAACCCACCAAUGGCAGCAAGGUAACAUUCGAGGGGAUACCAUAUGUGUAUGAUGAUAACAUGAAGCGUUUGGCAGGGGAUAUCAAGCACUUCGAAGAGGCGACAGUUGGGCCAACCUCAUAGCAUUUGUGUGGAAAACGUUUCUGGUACAUAUGCAAUUAUAUUCUUUAGAUACCUUAGUCUGCACCUGCUGUGCACUCUGUUCUGAGCUUCAAGGCGAAACUCAAAUAAGCAGAGAACGAUUCUGAGUGCAGUGCCCAACCAGUCUGAAGUUUUGGUUCUCAGCAUUCUCGGCUGCAGGUCCAAUUCGACGAUGUUUUCUUUCUUCUUUAAUGUUACCCUCCAUAUCUCCAAUAGAGUUGUGUAGACUGACCGUUGUUGUUUUAUCAGAUUCUUCUGAUAUCCUAUGACGAGCCGUGUAAAAGGUGCCUGAUUUUUGUAAUCCUUUCCGUUGUUGUAGUUCUAUUUGGGGAGUUUGCAGUUCUAAUAGCUUUUCACAAGAUUUUGGUUCAUAAGUUAAGGUGCAAUGGAUCUUGGGCCUUGUAAUCUUGAGUGUUUUUACACCAUCGUAAAGUAUUGGAUCAGGCAAA